UGGUGACUAGUCGAAACUCUUGAAGUGAGAAUUGUUUUGUUGACAGAAACUCAAUUCAACUCCUUCUCUUGCAUCAUUGUUUAUCUAAUUUAAAUUUUCUUCUAUUCCAAUUGUUAUCAACCAGUUAACGUUCUCAAAGUGUAAUUAAGUGUUAAAGUGAUUUAAUUGAUAGUCUACUCGGUGAUGGGCCUUCACUACACUGAGGUUGAUGUUUUCAUCGGCAGCAAUACAAUUAUCGAUGAGCAUAUUUACACUUGUUGGUUGGAUGGUUACACUCCCCAGGAAACGGCCAUUUUGGUUAAAGAAAAGGAGUGUAAUGUCCUUCGGGGAAUCCAUGAUGACCUGAUAAUCAGCGAUGUUCUCGAUCAAUUUAGAUUGUUUGGUUUAAUUGAGAGGUUACUUCAAUCACCUUCAAUGAUUGGACAAGGUUGGACUCUACAGAUUAAUGGUAAAACCAGGAGACUGUUGAUUGAGAAAUAUUAUGAAUUCGAUGAUUGUGUUAUUCGGGAAAUUUUGGGUAAAAAGUUAUCAUCUCGCAAUCGAACUGAAUUGAAAGAUGUUAGUGAGAAAACGUUGGUUGGCCUGAAAAGUUGCCGUCGUCAAUUUGAUAAUGUUAAACGCGUUUACAAAGCGGUUGAAGAUGUUGCUGGUAACCUAAUUUCCAAUAUUCAAAAUAACUUUCGACUCUCGGAGCGAUUAGCUAAAAGAUAUGCGACCGUUGUUUAUAUUGCGAAUAACAGAUUCGAAACGUCCAAGAGAAAAAUUAAUUAUCUUAAAUUUGCUGAUUUUCAUCAUUGUGCUUACCAAAUGAUGAUUAACUGGUCGUGUAAAAAUCCUGAAUGUAAAUAUGAAGAAUCGCCGAUGGACAUUGAUCGAGAUUUUCUUCAAGAUUUAAGGGAAUUGAAGGUUCUUCUUGAACGGGAAUAUAUGGAUGACCACAAGAUGAAUUUCAUGAGAGAAAUGAAAUCCCGUGGGUUGGAAAGGAUGGAGAAAUUGGACAAACAGAUCACCGAUCUUGAUGGAUUGUUCAAAACCACUUCGAGAAGUAUAAUCAAUAUGGCUUUUCGUUUGAAUCAGUCCAAAGAAGUGAGAGAUUUAUUUGUUGACAUUGUCGAUAAAAUAAUCGAACCAUUUAAAUCUGUUAAAAUGUCCAAAAGUGAUCUUGAGAUUUUCCUUAAGGUUUACAUGGAAUCACCAAAGAACAUAGAAAUUUUCACCAAAAAUAGUGACCUUUGGAUAGUCUGGUUACGUUACAUGAGAACAUUGAACAGUUGUAUCAUUCAAAUGUAUCACUAAUCGUUUGACAAUCAAAUCAACAAAUCAACAAAUCAUCAAUUCUUCAUAAUCAUUGCAACGAAAAAAAAAUUUUUUUUUUCUUCUUCUUGUCAACCUUUUUUCCCUUAAUUUUUAUUCCCAAUCAAAUGUUAAUUGCUCCAAAAUACACAUUUAUUACUCCACCAACGGGGAAAACUAAUAGUCGAUAAUAAAUCUAAUCAACGAUCAAAUUUA